AUGUGGCUUUUGGAGAAAGCCGGCUACAAGGCAGGGACCGCAGAACCAAGGACCCGGUGGGCGCCUUCCAGCCUGCUCUACAACCGCCACGGUGCAGCCCCGGCGACGCGCGCCUGUCCCAACGUCCUCACACCCGAUCGCAUCCCGCAGUUCUUUAUCCCGCCUCGACUUCCCCACCCCUGCGCCGCCGAGCCCUCCGCCGGGCGCGACGCGUGCGUCCGAGGCCUCCUCGCUGCCUGCUCGCUGCCGCACCUGGCAGGCCGCGAAGGCCUCGCCUUUCUGCCCGAGAGCCCGCACACGCGACGGCGCGAGUCCCUGUUCCACGCGCCGCCGCCGCCACCGGCCGUGGGGCUGUCCCCGGCACAGGCACGGCUGCACGUGUCCGCCCCGGACCUGCGCCUCUGCCAGAUCCCGGACGACAGCGACACAGCCUCGUCACCCGACUCGUCGCCCUUGGGCUCCCCACGGCCCGGCCGACGGCGGCGGCGGGGGACCGCGCGCUCCCCGGGGGCGAGCUCGGCCGCCCGCAGCCCGCCCGCACCGCGCCGCGCAGGGCCGCCCACCCCGCCGCUGUUCCACCUGGACUUCCUGUGCUGCCAGCUGCGGCCCACCAAGGAGAGCGUGCUGCGUCUGGCACCGCGCGGCGGCCAGCUGCGCCUCUCGGCCGAGUACCUGGCCGGGCCCGCGCGCCUGCGCCUGCGCCUGGUCAGCGCCGAGGGCCUGUCGCGGCCUCGGGCCGGCCCCGGGAGCGGCGGCGGCGGCUGCUGUGUGGUGCUCAGGUUGCGCCCCCAAGUCCGGCCGAGGGCCCAGCGGAGCCGCGUGGUCAAGUGCAGCGCCAACCCCAUCUUCAACGAGGACUUUUUCUUCGAUGGGCUGGGCCCGCCGGACCUGGCCACCCGCACUCUGCGAGCCAAGGUGCUGGACAGGGGCGCGGGGAUCCGCAGGGACGUGCUGCUAGGGGAAUGUGAGAUGCCCCUGAUGGUCCUGCUGCCCCCCUUGGGUGGGGGACUGGGGCCAGGGUCUUCGCUGGCGCCCACCCAUCUCAGCCUGUAG